CCCAUAUUAAAAGCGGCUAGCAGUAUUUUCGCGUCAAAGCGUUGUCCAUACUAGAAGGAAAGUAGACCUCCACCGGGGGCACCGCAACAUGAAAUAAAGUACCACGACCAUCUUCAGCAUCAUGUCUUAUCAGGAAGUCGAUGAGCGGCUUCGCAUCCUGCGAAUGGUCCGCGAGAAAGUGUCGAAGCUGCUGGACACCGAGCAGAAAUUGUUGGACAAGCCGUCCAAAAGGAAAGAAGAUUCGACAGCCGGCCCGGGCAAGAAAAAAGCUGGCGGGAACAAAGACGCACCAAAACAGACAGACUUGGACGGUGAACCGCCGGAACCGCUUGUGCCGGUGCUGGAGCGCGCUCUUUUGAAAGCAGUAUUCAAUGUCUGUGGCAACUUCUUGGCUGUAGGUGGAAAAUGAUAAUAUCAAUAUGCUGAUCUAUUGCGCUCAACAACGUGGAUCUGGGUUAUUUCGUUGGUGUAUACUAGUUCUGAAAAAGAGAAGAAUAUCCCUUGAAAGUAACGUUGUCUCUGAAGAAACUAACUUUCUUGCUUCUUCGUCGCGAACAAGAGACGGGAAAACGCAAAAAAAAAAACAGGAACACGCCACCCCCGAGCUCCUCCGGGCCCGAACUCGCAGCAGAUCACCGGGCGCGGACACCUUGAAAAACCGCGAUUUGGUCGAUCUGAAAAGCACCGAGGAGCUCUUGCGGCAACGGGAAAGGAUAGAAAUUCUCUUAAAGGACCGGCUGAAGCAAAAAACAGAAGCGGCUCAUCGCUCGGUGACGCCGCCCAGAGGACUACAGCGAAAUUCUACAAAUAACUCCGAUGAGGUGGAAAACUUAUCCUUCAGAUUCGGCCGCACGCGCGAUGAGAGCUUGACCCGCGGAGGAGACCACCUUCGCAGUAGAGAUGAACUGCAAGAAGGCCGAGGUACUAAAAGCAAAAAUGGCGCAAAAGGAGCUCUCCAACAUCCGCCCUGGCGGCACGUGCAGCCGACGUCGGGCAUAGCGGAUAAGUACGUGGAGGAUAGUAGAAAAUUGUACUCCGCGGACGUGGUAAAUGAGCUGGAGGAGCACGAGAGCCAGCAACGAAAAUUGCUGAAGAAGUACGAGGAAAGGAGAAAAAACCAACAACAACAGGGGAAGAUGAUGAAUAAAGACGCUACUACUUCGAGUGUGGAUGAUGAAGUAGACAGCUUUCACUUAAAGCGCACGGAAGACGACAUCUCCGCGCACAAGUCCAGGAUGCAAGCGGCGGCGGAAAUAAAAAAAAGGCUAGCGGGGGAGAACAUGCGGAAAAAGCUGCAGGAGAAACUAGCGGCAAGUAUCGCGAGGGCGAACGAACUGGCGGCGCAGAGUGCCGGGAAGCCGUUCUCAACCAGCUUAUCCAGAGACAACGUCUUAGUAAAUGCGGCUGAUCAUGUUAAUGUUGUUCCACAACAAUCUGAAUCUGCAGGAACAAUGGCACCUACUUCCACCUCCGCAUCAAAUUUCCGUCCCCCGUCCCGACGGAAGCAGCGGAUGGAGCAACAUAGACUAGACCGGGAGAAGGCGGACCGGGAGCAGAGGGAAAGGAUUCAGGCAACGAGGCUGGGAUUGAGAAUCAAGAAAAGUAGCUCUUCUUCGUCGAAAGAUAACUCCGCGGUCGAUAUUAUUGAAGAUACUAGCACGAAUAAGCCGGCUAAUAUGAAGAAGACGAACAGCAGCAGCUCGACACGGCAAACCUCAUCGACGAAAAAGAUGAUACUGGCCGCACAAGUGUACAUAGACCCGGAAACGGGGGAGAAAAUUGAAAUCCGACAGGAAUUACGAAGAACGAGUCCGGUCGGGAGGUCUGGGACGCCGCCGAAAAAUCUGGAGAGAGUGUACUAAUAUGUGAAAUUAUGUGAUAUCUACUCAGCAACAAUUAGUAUGGUGCGUGACCACUAUUUUAAUUCCGCUCUUCGUUCACUGUCCGUGUCUUCUUCGUCUCUGAUUUUUGUUACAACAUUCCUUGCCGAUGCCGUAAGGAGUACCGUACCGUAGACUGAUGUCCGUAAUACGGACAUCAUGUUCUACUCGGGUGAAUGAGAUAGCGAGGGUAUCAUGCUUAAUCUCAAAAAAAGAGGAACAUAAACAACCAGCUCCCGCAAUCGAGACCCGGAUUACCUGACGCCCCUCCGCCGCCCGAAGGAAUCGGACAUGAUUAAGAGACCCCGGGGUUCGGAGCUGCGGGCCGUGAAAGUGAAAAACUACAGCAACAGCCUGCGGCCGGACAUGCACCAGAGCAGGAGUUUGUCGGCGGAAGAGAAGAAGCGGGUGACGAUGCGGACCGAAGCAGCGAAGAACAAGUUUGUGACGCGGUGCAGAUCGCCGAAAAGAUACAAGAGGAUGGACUUGAUCUCCCGACAGUGGAACACCCGGAGUGAAAACGCGAAACUGGACAUGCGAGAGGUGCACGACGCACAGAAAUUGCGGAGAAAAUCCGAAAUUGGAGCGGAACGCAUCUUGAAGAAGGAAAUCCGCCCGAGACUACACGACCACGAACCGAUUGAUGCGUAGCCAAGAUUUUCUGUUCGCUCGCCUGAUUCUUGAUUCUGUGUUGUGUAGCACUUUUUCUUUUUCCUGGAAGAUUUAUAGAACGGGUUCCAAUCGGAAUCGUGAAGUGCAAUAGCUUGUUCUAAACUAAACUUCGCACUAUGUAUUUGCAACAUCACAAGAACUAGAACUACACUUCUCUUCAAUAAAAACAACAUCAGCCUGAAGACCUCCGCCGAGGAGCACCAAGACUCUACCUACUACGGAGACGAAGGCAACCGAUCGCGCUCAGGCACGCCGAAGAACAACAAGAAGCGUGGGUCGUAUUACAAAUACCCAAAGACAUUGGAGGAGCACAAGAGCUUUCUGUCCGAUAAAGUGAAACAACAAACGGUGGCUGCAGGAGCAAGUGCGAAUAGUACUACCGAAACCGGUGCGCCUUUCGACCCAACUUCCUCCAUAUUAACUUCUUCCCUUUCUAAACUACCAGUCCCAAAACCCAAAACCAACACCAAAUAUGUCCGGUCCGAGUCCGCGCAGCGGAGAUUCGACUACGACCAGAAACUGAAGACGGAGCACGAGCGCAAGAAAGCGGACGAAUUGCAGGCGCUUUACGACGACGCGAUCAAGGGGACGGACUUGGAAGCGUUGGAGGCGAUUCAGCAACGAAUUAUCGACGAAAAAUUCAAGGAAGUCUACAACGAGGUGGCAGAAAAAGAGAAAACCAAGAAACAAGAAGACCCUCGGGACCAGAGUCAGAAACUGAAAAACCGCGGGCGGACGUUCACGUUCGACGAUCGCGCGGUAACGAGUGACGAGGAAGACAAGUCUCCUCAUGACAAUGGCGCUUUCCGAGGAGGAGAUCGGUUGGAACAGCGAAGACAAGACAUCAAGGAGAAACUACACAAUAAGUCGAACUUCGCGUCCGCUACUCUGAAGAAGGACGUCGCGGUCCCUACAAUUCGUCCAGUGGUUCCACAUAAAACCUCCGACCAACGCACCUCUACCACAGGCCUGCUCGACGAAGCGGCGUACGUCUAUGGCGUUCUCAGCUGCUACAUUUUCAACUGUUACAUGGAUUUGCGACGCAAGAGUGGCAAAAGUGAUAGGGGGGAUCUUGCCCUUGCGCGUCUUGCAUGACAGAUUGGGCACCGAUUAUCAGCCUCCUGCUUGGCCCUCUGAGAAUUUGCCAUGCAAAGCAGCUUCGUGGUGUCGAUUCUGAAGGCAAUUUUGCAUGUAACGGCUUUAGUUGCGCAGUCUGCUAAGCAUGACAAAGCAUAAUCAUGUAAUAGCUGAGAAUGUAACGUUUGAGAACGCCAUAACCUCCGCGACAGUUCGAACGUGAAGGACGGGGACGCGGACGAGAAGGGCGACUUGGCGGGAAAACUUGGCGAGUUCUUCCCGGAUGACCAAUUGCAGCUGAUCGGGAAGGCACUGAAAAUGUACGAGGAGCACACAGCAGGAGCAUCGACAGGGGGGAAUCAGCUAGUAGCUGCACGACCUCCAGAAGGGGAGGCCAUUCCCCAAAUGAGUAAUUUCAGCAGCAACAGCCCGUUGGAAAGCGGGCAGGAUGAUUACUAUGAUAAUUCCAACGCGAUGAAGAACUUCUACUACGAUAAGAAUUCGUCGAACAACAACCCGUCAAAUUCCAGCCACAACGCCAGUAGCAAAAGCUCCUCCGAACUGGACCAACCAGCGCCACCACGACAAGUGAAAAAGCGCCAAACCGUCGCUUCUGUUGCGCCGAAGAAGCAUCCGGACCACAACAUUUCCUUCGGAUUCAAACCAACGGCGGUGAAACUCUCCGAGGCGGCGCAGAGUGAGGUGCGAACGUUGAAGGACUUGUUGCGGCCGUCGCCAAGACCAGGUGGGGCGAAUUCAUCUCGGGGGAACUCGCCGCGACAGAAUCAUGUUGGGGUUUUUCAACCCGGGAUUUCGUCAGGAACGGUGAGCAAAAGCGUGAGUGACCACAGCGCAAAGAAUGAUCUUGCAGUGCAGCCAAGAACUCUGAACUUCAACAACUUCGAGGGGAGUCACAGUCAGACGUACGACCGCAACCUGUUUGUCGCCACCAGUACGGACGAAGAUCACUGCUCCAUCCGGGUUGUAGAAGAGGACAAAGCGAAAACCCAGAAGAAAAAAGAGCGGGGCGAAGAGGAGGAACACGAAAAUAAUGGAUUUGACACCAGCAAGCUGAAUUUUGGGGAAGAGUCAAGUAUUCCAGAAAUCCACAAUUCGGGUCUAGACGUCGACGACGAGGAAGAUUUCGCUACUGCAACGAGACGAUUGCACGCGGAGCUGUGGAAUGAGCUGGAGAAAGAAGCAGGCGAAUUCAAUACUAGUGCACCAAGAGGAGCGGGACCAGCACGAGGCGAAGGAGUUAUUGUUGAAAAUAGUACUUCUAUGCAAACGCCGGCGGACGACGGAGGCCGCGGAGCGAGUGCUGACGAGGAGCAUUUUGCGGUGAAAAUUGACUUUUCCUCUCCCGCGCCACCGACGGAAAUGAAAGGCUUUCUAGCAGGGGCCCGCGGCGUGGUUGAUCCGCUGUCAAGGACGAUGGCUGGUUCUUCGAGACCGUUCCCGACUUCCGCGCCACCCACCGUUGCGAAGUACCCACCGCUACUGGCGACAGCGAGCAGUUGCGGUGCGGCGAUCGGAAGUAACUGCAGCCCCCCAUGGACAAGUGCGAAGAACCCACAUUUCUACACGACUUCUCCGACAAUGUUAACGCAUGCGGGAAGAGUGCAGGUUUGUAGUAGUAACCAGAUCACGAACUCUACAACUAUUGUGGUGCCUGAGGAAGGGUCGUUGCAGCAGAGAAAUCAGGUGAAGCAAAGCAGUAUCGGAAACCAAAGCGGAGGAAGAUUGAUCAGCAAGUACGGCGAGGAACAGGUGGACCAAGAGCAAAAUCAAGAUGGUAUAAUUGGGCGCGAGGAGAAUGGUGCAGCUGUAAUUACCGAAAGAACAAAUAAGCCAACAGCUCGUGCCAACACCGUUUCCACCGGAGCGUCCUGCAGCGCCGCGACGAGCAGCAGCUCUACGAGUGGCGGAGUUGUAGUACCCCUGACUGGAGCAGGAGCUACUGGUCGCCCUGCUGCACAUCAACAAGCACAACACAGCAAAAAUGUCCCUGCUGUACAACAACCUCCACCACUCGCCGGUCCCUACGUUGCCCCUCCGCCACAGAAACUCCGGUACCUACCACCCGGGAUUUCGCUUCAACCGCCUCCGCUGCCGAAGUUUCCGCAGAGGCUGCCAUCCGCCGAUCCGUUGGAGCUGACCAACAGUUUGGUGGUGACGCGCAACAGCAGCAGCUCCGCGACGAAUGUAAGGGUUGGGCCGGCUGGAACUGCAGCGCAAGGCCCCCGCCAAAUGGAAAUGAUCAACACUCCCUUUGUGAGCCCGCAGCACCCUGUGUCACGCCAACAGAGUUCUUCUGUUCUGGCUCCUCCGCAGAGAAGACCUUUGUUGUCUACCGCACCACCAAUGCCCAUGACAAGAUUUGUCGUGCACAAGCCGCCACCGGUCGCUGCGUCACACAAGGGGACUACUUCGGAUCAUUUGUACUACACGCCACAACUUCAGCAGCAGGAGCAGGUCCCCCCGUUGUAUCAGAGAUCUUCGUCCGUGCAGUCACUGCCGUCACACUCACAGCCACAGCAAUAUUACGAGUAUCAACACCAUCAGCAGCAGCACGGUCAACAUCUCCAAACACCGAAGCGACAGGUAGAGCAUCGGGUCAAAAACUCGAGAUCGGUCAAUGCGCGAUCCUUGUCCCCCGGAGUUGCGUUCGGGCUGCCGAAAGCGUAUGCGAUGGUUUUGAAAAGUGGGGAGAAACAAGACAAAGAGCAGGGUAGCGCCUCGGUUGAACAACAUCACUAGUGGAACGGAAGGCGGACGAUAGUUUAGAAAGUUGAAAAGUGCCGCUUUGUUGUUGUAAUAUCGAGGACUUGUAGUAAAAGUAUUCGCAUGCGCAUCGGAGGAAUGUUUAAACUCUUGCAGAUUUGUUUGUAGGUCGAUUACUAGCGCUGAAAAGGACGCAACGUCGACCACAAAACUCACUGUCAUCUUCCAGAAAGGUUUUGCACACAAGGAAAAAUCUAUCACAGAGUUCUGAAGAUACGAGUAACAACCACUUUUUUGUCGGAGAGCAGUUCGUAAAUGAGCUCAAAGAUGACAGAAGCAGACAGCAGCUGAAAAAUCCAAAGUAACUAAAACUCAGACUACCUCUUGCUAUACCAGUUUACCAGUAUAUGGAGUGAUACACCAAAAGUAAAAACGUAAACAGUUCUUGUAGGAUGUAGAUGAAAUCAACGCAACAUGUAUGUAAAAAGUUUUCUUUCUUUGAAUGCUCUUGUGUUGUACACCAGAAUAUUCUGUGUCUCCGCGGCAGACAAGUUGAAAAUUUGUUUCGGAUGAUAUCCAUGUACAAACAGAAAGAUGAUGUUGUGCCAAAUGAAACAUCUCUGCUUGUGCGGCUAAGGAGGCAGGAUUCGCAUUCAU